CCGGCGGCUCCGCUCCGUCCCUCGGUGAUGCGCGUUGCCGGCGGGGAGCCGGGUGGCCCCCGCGGGCUCCUCGUUGUGGGGAAGGGGCUGUCCAAAGGUCCUACAAAUAAAUAUCUUUCAGAGAAAAGCAGAGAGUCUUUUCCAACACUUCUUGAGAAAAAUGUGCGGGAAGCCAUUGACAAUUAUACUCGUGAAACAGUUUCAUCGCUUUCUGGUGGUCAUACAACACCUGCAGACUUGAAAAACUCUUGGUCUGCAGUAAACAGCUAUUCUACUGGUUUAUCUACCGAAAGAAGUUCGCUUUACUCUUGGAGGGAUGAUGAAUUUGAUAAGGCCAACACAGAGAGAGUGCAUCAGUUAUUUUGGGACAUUGAUGAAAUGCUAUUUGAAGGAAAAGUGACCUCUCAAACUCAGAGCCUGCAAGCAGAAUGUGCAGACUGGGUUGAACGGUCUCUUCACCUAAGGGUUCUAGGAAAGCAGCUCCUAUUACCAAAGGAUGAAGGCUUUCAGCAUUUUCAGAGCAGAAGUGACAGCUCUGUGGACACUAAGGUUUUACCUGGCCUCCAUGAAUAUACUACUGAUAUAAAAGAGCUCUGCAUUUCAGGCUCUAAAUUGGUUCCAGCAGCAUGUCCGGUUCAUAAAUCAGUAGAUUCCAGUUCCACUAGGAUUUUUGCCUGUGACUCUUCCAUGUAUUCAUUCCUGGAAGAAGAAAUCUAUGAUGUGGAUGGAAAAAUAGAAGAGUAUCUUGCAUUUGACAACAAGGAGCUUGAUGAUGAGAGUUUGGAAAAAACAAAAAUUCAUCUUACUGAGAAGAAUAGUAAACGUGGCCUUCCCCCUGUGUCUCCGAAUGCCUGUAUCAAAGAUGCUGUGGCUUCUGAAGUAUUUGAUCAUAUCUGGAGCAAUAUAAUUGAAAUAUUGGAGGAGCUGAUUAAAAAAAAUUGGGAAACAAAUAUCACAGAGAGUGACAAACAGGUGGAAAGACUGAAAGCUGUUACAGCUAAACUCUCACAUUUGCCGGUCGCUCGCGUUACAGCAGAUGCUGGGGGUGUGCCUCUUUCCAAAAGCUCUGAAGCACGAAGUAUACCUUAUGGUCCCCAUUUUGUUCCAUCACAGGUUCACCGUUUCUCCAGCAACUUUUGUAGUGAUUUGAAUGGUGUUAUGACAAUUCAAGCAAAACCACUGCAACAGAGGCACGUGGCCACAGUAGAGAAAAUAAGGAAUGAGCAAGAAGACAAGCUACAUAGGAUUGGCUCCAAUGUGACAAACUCAGUGCGCACUAAACUGGGGAGAAUUUCUGAUAAAAGUGUUCUCUCACCAUCUCGGGUACUGCUGGCAUCUUCUAGGAAGCUACCAAGCCAUCGUAGGUUACCUUCUCUCACUUCUGACCAACCCUCCUCAAAAGCUCCUAAUAUGUACAAUGGUGAAAUCCUUAGGGGGACUAAAUUAGUUGCCAGCUUGGAUCGUUUAUCUUCUGCUCGUGCAUGUUCAACUCGGAACAAGUUGCCACCAAUAAACUCAGAGGCCGUUGAACAGUAUUUUUCAGUACCUCAAUUGCAACAGAGCUCUAAUCAAGGACGUUAUGCUUAUAGCAGAGUUUCAAGCACAGUGCCUGGCAAUACAGAGCAACAGCCACUCAGAGAACAAUCUGUUACUAUAGAUCAAUUUUCAAGACCCAACACAACGCAUACGUUCAGGGCAGACACACCUCGGAAAAGAUCACUGACUCCCAUGGAUUUUACUAAUCACACGUGGAUGGGUCAAGGAUUUUUAACAGGCUCACAACAUUACUACAAAUCCUUUCAGAGAAAUCCUCCAACAUCGAGGAAGAGAUUUCAGGUUGCUUCUUAACUCAGCUUAGAAAGAAACAGAAAACCCCUGCACUGAUGGAGUACUGAAGUACUUAAUUUACUAGCUAGCAUCUUGGAUAGCAGAGAACAUGUGCAGCAUCUUAGUUUCUGUGAGCCUUGUGAUCCUCAGAAUGCCGGUAUUGCUGUUCUUGAAAGUUGUCUGAGCAGAGGUUAGAUAAAAAUUAGAGCAAAAUGAAAUACAUGGUUCAAAUCCCCCAGCCUUCAUGUCUUGGCGUUCUUUGUAAAAUCAAGAUGCUCCUCCUCUACUUUUUUCUUAGGAAUUCCUCCUUUUUCUGUCUUUUCUCUGGGAAAUGUUAUUCCACCAAAAGAAGCAAGUAAGUUAUGUUUAGAUUGUGACGUCCCAUUCCCACUCUUUCAUACUUCCCCAGUGCUAAUGAUGUUCUGGCUCUAUCCAAACAUCAAUCACUUAUGCUUUUCUUUGAACAGGAGUUUGCUGCAUCUCCCCUUCAGCUCCUAUUUUAACAUUUCUCCAUUUUUAGUCUCUCUGAUUAUUGCAGUUUUUGUGCUGUAAAUAUUGUCAGUCUUUACCUUUUCUUCUUUUAAUUCUUUAAAAAUGAAAGUUUUUACUGCUUCUAAUUAAACUGUUCUGUUUGUCAGUUACUGUGAAACUGCUGGGAUAAACUUUGUUUCAGGAAGCAACGAUUUUGCUGUCUACAGAUUUGUUUGUAGAUCCCAGAUAGCUGAACUUGCAUGCUGAUGUGUCAUUAAGAUGGUUCCCCCUUCUUGAGAUUACUUAUGAAAUGUUGCUUGUUACUGUACAAAUCAUUCAUGUUUCUUUUGUACCUAAUCCUUCAAACAUUUAAUAUGAAAAAAAAUUACUUUAAUUGGUGACAGUAUUUAAUACUUUCAUGUGUGUAGAUGCAACUGAGGGGAGUUCAAGGAGGAGGUUGGGAUUGUGUUGUGCCCAGGGGUCACAGCCAAGAUCAUGUCCCAGUGUGUUAAUACUGUGUGCACACAGUCAGUCAUUCUUCCUUCCAUCAAAGAGGGUACAGCUUGCAUAGGUGUGGUAGAACUGUGGAAGAGGUAAAAGAGGAGUAGAAAAACUGAAUUAUUUCCUCAGAUUUUGCAGUUAAGAACAGAAACAGUUUCUUCCAGUUGGGAACUAAUGCCAGUUCUCCUCACUUCUCUUAUAGAUGUUCAAGGAGUGAUAAUCUAAGAUAAAGUAUUUGUAUUUUGUAUCUAUACUGUUAUCAGAUUUCUGGUUUAUGUCAAUAGCUGUAAAACAUUGCAUUCUUUCUAGUAAAUGGAAGCUUUUUAAAAUUA